AUAACGUGUAGGCCAUGUAAACAAAAGAUGGCUGCUGCCUUGACUGCUGAAGAUGCAAAGAGCAGUCUGCACGAUGAUAGCGAUUCCUCGGCCAGUACGGCGAGCUGCUGCUCCCCGGCAGAUGAGGACAGGACACUGCCAGUGUGCCCGGGUGGCGGUGCUGCCGGAGGAGCUGCUGGAGCUCAUCCUAUGUAAGGGGGAUCUAGACUACAGGGACAUCGCCAGCGUCAGUAGUGUGUCUGCAGACGGCUCCGAGCGGUGUGUGCCACCCGGGGGAAAAUAUGGAGGAAGCAGCUGUUUACUCGAUGGCCAUCAAUAAUCAAGUACUACAACCAAAUGGACCUUCCAGAUUGGCAGGAGGAGUAUAAAACUCGGCACAAGGCUGGCAUAGCCGCACGAAAAAAUAGUGUCUGCAUUCUCAAAGGAACUCAUCAUUGAACAUCUGGACUGCUUUUGGACUCAACAGUUUCUCAACACUACCUGGAUUCUUUUGUCCCUCAACAUACUUCCAAGAAAGGAUUUUAUGCGUUUGCCUUGUGAAGGUUUUAAUGAUCUUGAGAGUUUGGGCCAUCCUACACAUUUUAUUGAAGAUGAGUUAUUGUCUAUACUUGGUACAGAGAGCUGGCAGUAUUUUAUACAGAAGUAUUGUGCAAAGAAGAUUCUGUAUUGCAUGCGCCAAGAGUCUACCAUGUCUAAAUUUAAAGCAUUUCUUCAAAGACCUGCAGACCAACAAGACAUUCUAGAAGGAGCUGUUCUCAUUGAUCAGUACUGUAAUCCUCUAGAAGAUGUGAGUUUUGCAAAAAUUGACGCACAGAUUGAAGAUAUUUUUGAAAAAGGUGAAAGCUCACCUGAGUAUGAAGAACAAUAGACACCCUAGUCUGUCUCUGCAGGCAGGUAAGAGAUCUCUCAUUGAAGACAUUGAUCUACAAGGAGAGGCACUGGAUGCUCUAAAUCAUGUCAUCUUUGUUGACAUGAAGUUUCAUGGAAAUAUAACUGAUUUUUACAACCCUCUUAACUCCUAUAUGCACCAGGUUCUAAUUAAUAAGACUGGAAUCCCCAUAAGCCUCUGCGUUCUCUAUCUCACCCUUGCUCUGCGCCUGGGAGUUUUUCUGGAGCCAGUCAAUUUUCCUCAUCAUUUCAUGCUAAGAUGGUGCCAAGGUACUCUUGGAAGUACAUUUGUUACAGACUAUGUUUUUGUGGAUGCAUUUGGAAAUGGAAAAUACCGGAGUGCAAAGGAAUGUGAACACCUGAUUGGUCAACCUGUAACAGAGGAGUUCUUCGCAGCUGUCUGCACUAAGGAGGUUCUACAACGUAUGGUAGGGAACCUGCUCAACCUUGGCAAAAGGGAAAGUAAAGAUCGUAGCUUUAUGCUGCUGAGAGUGUCUUUGGAUCUGUACCUAGCUAUGUAUCCAGACAGCGUACAACAUCUAUUACUACAAGCGCGACUGUAUUUUCACCUUGGUAUAUGGCCUGAAAAGGUCUUGGAUAUCCUGCAGAAUAUUCAGGCUUUGGACCCAUCACAGCAUGGUGCUGUGGCAUAUCUAGUUCAGCAUACUUUGGAGCAUAUAGAAAGAAGGAAGGAUGACAGCGUACUUCAAGCAAAACUGAGAUCCGAUGAAAAGGAAGUGUGUUAUUCUGUAGGACUUAUUAUGAGACAUAAAAGAUAUGAUUAUAGUUGUGUGAUCUUCAGCUGGGAUCCUUUGUGUAUGAUGCCACCGGACUGGAUGGAAAACCUGGAUCUCUAUAACCUCUCAAAAGGAAUAACUCAGCCAUUUUAUAGUGUGCUUCUUGACGAUGGUACUUGUAAUUAUGUCGCUCAAGAGGACCUUGAACCACAUCCAUCUCCAACAGAAAUAUCUCAUCCGGAUAUAGAUCUUUACUUCUCAGAGUUUGCAGGAAAUCACUACAUUGCAAAAAAAGAGCUGCAGCUUCAGUAUCCAGAAGAUGCCGAGUGGAUUGUCAGGCAGAGUGUGGAGGAACAGCCCAAAUCUUCACCCCAGGAACCAUGA